AUGGGACUGACUCGUCAUCUCUCCAAACUCAGGUGGGAUAGCUCAGACCCAGACAGAGCCCCUCCACCAUUGCCUAUUCCACCCAACUCGCCUGGCCUGGCCACACGAUCCAAUGCUUCGGCUAACAUCCAGGCCACCGCCCAAAGGCUGACCGAGCGUGCCCGUGAGAGCAUGCCCGCCAGCGUCUAUACCACAAACCCACCGCCUUCUACUUCUCCCGACAAGUCGUUGAUCAAAGGUGCUCAUCACCGUCGUCUACAAUCUCUCCAGACUGGAAGUGUCCGAGACCUUCGCACCUACCUUGAUGGAAUGCGCAACACUUCUCCAGAGAGACCUACCUCUAGAUCGACUGCAAACUCUCAAGGCUCGCCCACGCGCCCAGCCGAUGCCGACUACUUCUCAAGUCCUCCUCAGGAUCACUCCACACCCACACCAGCCGACAGAAAUGCUCUUCGAGAUGCACCCAAUCUUCGUCCUGCCUCUCGUCCCAGAGCCAUUCUGGGCGAGAACACUCCCCCCUCGGCCACCAUGCUCGCUCUACAGACCAUGGCCGCUCGCGAUCCCGAUACUUCGCUUCACGACGUCACGAACUCUUCCUCCUCUCGCGAACCCAAGACCUUAAAUGAGAUGAUGGCACAACUUACGAAUAUCACGAACAUUACUUCUGGCAUGCAAAAGGAGAUGGCGCAGUUGAACCGUCGCAGCAAGGACAAUGCUGCUGACUUGAUCGGUCUGAAGCAAGCUGCCGAUAGCCGUGAUGAGGAGAUUCGUCGAAACUUGCGCGACCUACUCUCUAACGUCAACGCUUCUGAUGCUGGCUCUGUCUUCGGCGGAAGAUCAUCCGCCUUUGGUCUGGGUCUUCUCGAGAACAAGGGUCUGACCUCACCACCUGCUGGAGGACGACCAUUUGGUUCUCUGCCUCGCUCGAACAGCCAUGGCAGCUUCCUCGACCCUGGCAGUCCCAACCCUUUCUCCAUGGACGGUGCCGCUAGUGUUGCAAUGCUGGAGAAGAUCAUUCGCGAAAUGGUCACCAAGGAUGGCCAGGAUCGUCUCCUGUCCACUCUAUCAGAGCUCCUCGACAAGCACAGCAGGGAUAAUGUCCAGGCUAUCGAAACUGCUCAGAAGGUGGCCGAGCUCUCUGACUUCAUAAAGGAGAAAUCGGGCAGCCAUGCUCUUGUCCGCCAUUCAUCAGACGCUCAAGACGACGAACAAAAGUCAAAAGCCAUCGAAGCCAUGAGCGCUGAUAUUCUUAGACUUCUUCACAAGAUCAAGGACAGCACUUCCCAGAGCGGUGGCUUGAGCAAUGAGAUCAAGGCUCUUCUCCAAAAUCUCAGAGGUGAAGUGUUGGGCAUGGGUCGUGAGCUAGGUCGUCAGCUCGACCAGGCCAAUUCCACUGCUAGGGUUGCCGAAGACGGCUCACAGAUCAAGACCGAUGUGGAGGAAAUUGUCAGCCAAGGUCUAUCUCAGCUCAGAGAGCACAUGGAGCACAUCAUCCAGCAGAACUCGCAACAACUUGUCAUGGCCAACCACCAAGACGAGAACAAGAACAAGGACAUGUACGACAUGGUCAAGAGCGCUAUCACAGAACAUAACUCGGCUCUUGUUCAGGCUCAACCUCAGUCAGAAGGUCUUGAUAGGGCAAGCAUUCUCGAGGCAGUCAAGGAUGCUAUCGAGGAGUUCAGGCCUGAGAUUGAACUUCAGCAAUUCGGUCUUGAACGUGACGAGAUUCUUUCUGUUCUGAAGGAAGGCUUGCACGAAUACCAAUCCAACAAGGAGCCCUCUGCAGCACCUGGUGCCAAUAUCGAGGAGGUUGAAUCUGCUAUGCAACGUGCUCUUCAAGAGUUCAACCCUCCCAGACCAGUCGAUGAGAUGGCCUCGUUCAAGGAGGACUUACUGGCUUCUAUUCGUCAAUCUAUCGAAGAACUCAAGUCUGCAGGUCCUGACGAUGCUGCCACUCAUGCGAUUGUUCUUGGAGCAGUCAAGGAAGGCCUUGAAAACCACGGACCUCAUGCUCCUCGCGAGUUCGAGAUCAGCAAGGACGAUCUGUUUGACGCCGUCAAGGCCAGUCUUGAUGGGUCAACCCUUCCUUUCGGCAGCUUCGGCGAGCAAGUCCUGGAUCAACUUCGUAAUCUCAUAGAAGAGAUGAAGGUUGAAUUCAAGCAGUAUUCCGCUGCUAACGGUCGUGAUACCGAGCAGGUUCUGGAUGCUAUCAAGGAUGGUCUUGAGUCUCUGCGCCAUGAAGUCGAGUCCUACGUCGACCGUGCUCAGGACGUUACUGGCAAGGAUGAGAUUGUUGAUGUCGUCAGAACUGGUCUUGAACAGCUCCGUGGUGAUGUCCAAGGCUAUUGUGCUGAAGGUCCUACCAACGGUCGCAACGAGAUGAUCGAUUACAUCAAAGCUGAAUUUGAGCAUCUGCAUGAAGCAGUCAGCGGCCUCGGCUCCCGGGGAGGUGAAGAAGGUGAAGAGAUAAGAACUCGUCUGGAUGAGAUUGCUGCUGCCAGCAGUGGCUCAGGUGUCAACACAGCCCUUUUGGAGGCUAUCCAAGGAGAAUUCCAACAAAUCCGCCAUUCUUUAGGUACAGGUGGCUCCCGCGCCGACACAGAAGAAGUCCUCGAUGCUGUCAGACUUGGUUUGGAUGAUCUCCAGUCGUCGCUUGAGAAGAAGAUCGACAAUCCUGAGAUGCACAGAACCCUCAAUAACGAGCUUAUGGAUACUCUGAAUGAAGGUCUUGAUAACAUGCGCUCUGACGUCGCCAAGAUCAUGGACAAGCCUGUGGAUAUGACUGUCAACUACGAGAUCCUUGAGACCUUGAAGGAUGGUGUUGCUAGUCUCCGAGCUGAUAUGGAGAAGCUGACUGGCGGCGACCGUCCCUCCACUGCUCUGGGUAGCGAGCUCAUUCUUGCCGAUGGAGAAGAAGGAUCUCGUGACUUAGGUGCAGAAGAUCAGGCUGCUCACCCCGUCAGCCUCAAGGAGAGAAUGGAAGCUCUAUUUGCGCAGUUGCACAUCAAGGUCGAGGGUCUAGCUGCCAGUAUCGGCGAUAUGCCUACUGCAUCAGCAGCUCCAGCUGAAGGAAUUGCCAUGAAGGAGGACCUGUCCAGCAUGGAAGAGACACUCCGACAAAUUCAAGACACUCUUUUGGUCAUGGCUGAAAAGGAGAAGGCAGAGCUUGACAACGCCGUCACCAAGGAAGACACUGAUGCCAUCGAGACUCUGCUACGCAACACCAAGGCGCAGCUCGAGGAGCUUCCUGCUACUACCGCCAGCAGAGAACAAUUGCAGGAUGUUGAGGCAGUUGUUCGCAGUGCCAAGGAGACUAUAGAUAGCCUUGCUACCAAGGAGGACGUCACCGUUGUUGAGGUCCUACUGAAGGAUCUCGCCGCUGCUUUCGAAGACUCAAAGUCCAAGAAGGCUGCCGAGGACGAGGAAGAAGAGUCGGCUCCUCGCUUGGACAAGGCAGACCUCGAUGCUCUGGGCAUGCUUUGCACUGAGAUCAAGGAAAAGAUCUCGGAGCUGAACCUACCUGACCCCGAAGCACUGCCUUCCAAGGCGGAUGUGGAACAGAUUACUGGCCUCAUUAACGACUUCCGCGAGAGUCACGACAAGGUCAGAGAAGGAUACGAGAACGACAUCGCCAUCACUGCCAAGGCUUUUGACGACCGUAGAAAGGAGGCCGAAGAGAUGUCAGAGGCUAUCACCGGUGUCAAGACUUUCUUGGAAGAGGUCAAGGCCGAGAUUCUCGCCAAGGUCGAGGAAGGUACUCCUGGCAUGACCGACAUUGAAGAAGCCAUCAAGUCGAUCGACGACAAGGUCGCUGGUGACGAAGGUAUUGGGGCUGACAUCAAGGAGCUCUUGGAGACUGUAAAGAACGAGUUCGAGCGUUCUCAUGAGUCUUUGGGUGGCAUCAAGAUUGAUCACGAGCAGAACAAUUCUACUUUGCUCGAGAAACACGCGGAGCACAAGGAUGCUAUUGUGGCUGCUGUUACUGAAAAGGUCGAUUCUUGCUUCGAUGGUCUGAUGAGCAAGUACGACGAUGCUCAAGCUGCAGCACAUGAGAAGGCGAAGUCCAUGGAAGAGCAGGUCGAGCAGCAGAAGGAGAUGUUGAACAGCACAAAGGAGAUGACUGACGAGCUAAAGCUCUCUAUCGACACUCUUGGCACUUCCUUGACUGCGUUCAUCCCCUCCUUCAACGAGGCAACCGAGAAGAUCUCCGAGGACUCGAAGACUGUAUUCGAGAAGGUCGAGGGUGCUAUGCUCAAGAUGGAUGAGCAUAACGACGGCCUGAAGACUGAGCAUCAGACUACUCGUGAUGAAAUUGUCAAGGUUGCUGAGGCUAUUGCUCUACUCCAAGGAGAGUCCACUGAGUACAACCCUCAGUUCUCCAUGUCUCUCAAGGAGCUUCAUGCUCUUGUUAGCGCUCACUACGAGUACUCCCAACAACUUGCUGCUACCGCUGAGGAACAGGCCAAGACGGGAGCUCUUCCUGCUUUGUUGCCUGCACCCAUCGAGCCCGUCGAGAAGUACGAUGAUACUGCUGUCCACGAGAAACUCGACAAGCUUGUCAACGAUACUGCUGUCCAUGAGAAGCUCGACACUCUUGUCAAUCUUGCUGGUGAAGCUGGUGCAGCCACGGCUCAGAUGGAACGCUUGGACGAGAUCCAUGCUCAAGUCAAGGACACUGCCGCCGAAGUCUCCGCCUUUGUUGCUCUUCAGCAAAAGCAGAUCACCGAUGGUCAAGAGAGCAAGGAACGCGAGGCUGAGGAGCUUGCUCUUCUCCUUGAGCGUCGCCAGGUUCAGAAGGACAACAUUGAGUCUGAUAUUUCCUCUCUCAACGAAGAGAAGGAAAGUCUUCAAGCCGUUGUUGAGGCUCUUCGUGCCGAGAAGGAUGCUCUAGCUGCGCAGAAGGCUCGUCUCACCGGUGAUGUCUCUUCUCUUCACACUGCCUUGGAGAUCAGACGUGAGGAGCUGCAUAUCAUGGACGAGAAGGCUGAUGCCUUGGAACGUCGCAUUCUUGAGGGCUUGAUUGAUCACUCCCGCACCAUGCUUCUUACGCAAAAGACUCCUAAGACUUCUCCUAAGAAAAAACCUAUGCGUGAUCUGCGCUUGCCCAGCGAUGCUUCGACCACACAGCUUCCCGCUCCUACCACACCCAGCCUUUUGCAAAGCCAUGCACUGGCUAUGAAGACUCGUGGCAUGCCCAAGAAGACUGGUACCACUCCCAACACUGGUGAACGUCGUAUCAUGUCUCUCAGCCAAAUCAGUCGUAACCUACCCUCUGGCGCUGCUGCAUAUGCUGCUACUGCCCCUAGCCUGGUUUCGGCUCAAGGCUCAAUCAAUCGCAGUCAAUCUCUCAAGCAUAACAAGCUUCGCAAGAUCUCUUGGGGUACAGCUCGUGCUGCAGCCGACAAGGAGAAUGAUAUCGAAGAAGUUACUGAGAUUGACAGCAACUAUGGUGGAUCUCGACCUGUGAGUAGAGAUUCGGAGUACCGUCCUCAGAGUCGUGAUUACGACUCUCGCCCUGUUAGCCGUGACAGUCUCGACUCUUCGUAUUACAACAGCAGCAGACGCAGUGUUAGCUACGCUGGAAGCCAGAGUGCUUGGACCGGAUCUCAAUCUGACAUGACCGAAGACGGCCGUCGCACUAGCUUGGGCACGCUGGGCACUUAUGACACUGGAAGCUACAUGACUGGCAGCGAGAUUGAUCGCCGCACCAGCAUUGGUAGCACCAUUCGCAGCACUAUGGACCGCUCCACCAUCCAAGAGGAGGACUACGACAGUGACCUUGAGAGCGAGCGUCAUGUCGAGCCUGAAACUCCUGCUUUGCCCGUCGAAGCUGCUGUUGCUAAGGACCAUGGAGACUAUGCUCCUCCCAGUGACUCUGGCAUUGGUUCAGACCUACCCACCGGCGCACUUCAGGGUCACGGUGACUACUUUGCUGGCGCUGUCGUUCCUGCUACUGUGGACGAGAACCAGGCUGCUUGA